UCAGACUGAGGUGAAAGCACCGACUCUACACAGGGACUUGAGAGAACUCUGGGGGAUCCUAGAUGAUGAUCAAGACUCGGGGAGGAUGGACCAGGCAUAGGGCCACCCUGGACAUGUUAAAUUGUUAAGAUAGUGAGUAUUUAGAACAUAAUAGAAAAAGCAUUGCUAUCCUAAUGUUUUCUACUUUCAGUGCUAUUCCUGUUGUGAUGUGAGUUUCCCACUCAAUGGGGUACUCUGCCUGAAGAAUCAAGAAUCAUUUCAGACAACGAAGUGUUCAGUAUAAGCUGUUAUCUUGGAAAACCGCUCACCUCUGGAUCUUGGCUAUAAUCACAGAGGCUGCACCCAGCAGCACUGAUAAGCUAAUCAAUACCUGGAAAAUCUGAGCUCACCACUCUGUAACCAUGAGCGAGGAAAUGGAGAUAGCUGAUGAAAAAGACUGGAGGGAACUUGAGCCCAACUACCCUGUUAAGAUCUUCCUGACGAUCUUUUACAGUCUCAUCCUGGUGACAGGUAUUGUGGGAAAUUCAAUCACUAUCAGAGUGACACAGGUGCUAAAACGUAAUGGCUACCUGCAGAAAAAUGUGACUGACCACAUGGUUAGCCUUGCGUGCUCGGACUUGUUGGUUCUCCUCAUCGGCAUGCCAGUGGAGCUCUACAGCGCCAUCUGGUUCCCCUUCACGUCGGCUACAGGCAACGCUUCCUGCAAGAUUUACAAUUUCUUGUUUGAGGCUUGCAGCUAUGCCACCAUCCUCAAUGUGGCCACGCUGAGCUUUGAGCGCUAUGUUGCUAUCUGCCACCCUUUUCGUUUCAAACUUUUGGGUGGAAGACGUACCUCGGCCCUCAUCACCUUCGCCUGGCUGGUGUCUGUGCUCGUGGCCCUGCCUUUGCUGAUUGCCACAGGAACACAGGGACACAUUCCCAUCCUAGCGGAUACACCCGUCCAGAACCUGACUUUCUGCACCAAUCUGAGGGAGCGCUGGGUGAUGUACAGGGCCAGCAUCUUUGUUUCUUUCAUCAUCUAUAUGAUCGUGUUAAUCUGUGUUGCCUUCAUGUGCCGGGCCAUGAUCCUGGUCCUGCAGAGACCUUUGGGAUCCGUGGAUGGAGGGAUCAACGCAAUUCAAAGAGCGCCCAAGCAUGAAAGUGCCAAGGUCAAGACAGCCAGGAAGCAGACCAUCAUUUUUCUGGGCCUCAUCGUAGGAUCAUUGAUGGUGUGCUGGCUUCCCAGCCAGAUUCGGCGUCUGAUGAUGGCCGCCCUGCCCAAGUCCCGCUGGACUACUGCCUACUUCCGGAGCUACGUCACCCUCCACCCGGUGGCCGACACCUUCUUCUACCUCAGCUCCGUCAUCAAUCCGUUCCUCUACAACCUGUCCUCCAGGCAGUUCAGGGAGGUGUUUGUCCAGGUGCUGCGGUGCAAACUCACCAUUGAACACAUCAACAAACGCACACUGCAGCACUCCAGUGCUGCCUCUGGGCGUUCCCUCCAGCCCCUGCUGCUGAAGUCACUGCGUCGCAACAAGAUGAACCGCUCCACCACGGCAGAGGAGAAAACUCCACCCACUUUCACAACUUUUCAGAGUCAGAGUGACUCAGGAGUGGGAUCAGAUACUCAGACGUCAUUGAGCAUGACUGAACAGCCAGAUUCAUAUCUCAAACCAAAGAUAGAUGUUCCGUCAGAGGGUGAAAUAUAAUGUGCUGUACAAUUUAAUGCAACACAGUAAAAAUAAACAUAGCAGAAACUGCUUUAUCCAUGGGCGCUUUUGCUGUGGCAUCAGAAACAAAUACACAGAUAUUUCUUAUACACAGCAAACACAGUAUACGUUCAGACAGAUCUGACAAUAUGAUGCAACAGAUGGGACAUCUGGAAAAGACAUUUAAUCUAAAAUUGUGAUAUUGUUAUUAAAUCAUAAAAUGAUAACACUAAAGCUCAGCCAUUUAGAUAAGCAUGAAACCCCACAGCUUCAGUUCAAAUUAAAGGUACCAAGUGGACCACUAGUAGUAGUGCACUAAUGAGUGGUUCCCUGUUGUGUUUGCAACUCAUGUUCUAGCAGGCCCAUGAGGACAGUAGCCACAGCUGAAAUAGCAGGUUGCACAAUGAUCUACAAGCUUUUAAAAAGAAACCACCGUAAAACAGUCUUUCAGAGAUAUAUCAGUAAACAAUAAGUAUGACCAUUUCUGUAUUUGUUUACAUGAAAGCUCCACAGGGUUCGGUUAGGUUUCUGGCCACCUCCAAAGGAAAAGAAAACUUGAUAUUAUGUGCCGAGACCUGCAAUAAAGACACUUUUUAUGUUAACCCAACUUUUGAAAAAGCAAUGGAAUAUUAUUUGUGGGGCGCUUUAAAGUAGUUUCCUUGUGCAGUAAAACACUGGCCCCAGUGCUCCUGCCACAUUUAGAACACUCCCUUGAAAUCUCUUCUACUGUGCGAAAUGCUGACCAAUCAAGUUAAAUGUCAUUUUGGAGAAGAGGAUAAAGACACAGCAAGCCAAAUCUGGUGAGGCAAGGAGCUACAAUUGUGCUGGUGCCACCAAAUAAUGUGUAUAUUUUCAUAUGCUGUUAGUGAACGAUGACAUGUACCAUAUUCAGGUUAUUUGCCCCAGAUGUUCUCCCUCAGACGCUUUAGAACAUCACAGUAGAACUCAGCGAUGACAUUUACACCCAGAAGAACAAAUUCAUUGUGCACCACAGCUUGAAUGCAGAACAAAACAGGGUAUACUUUUAGUUGUGCCAUUGACCUGAUGUUCCUUCUUCAGUCUUUAGGACCUGUUUAGUCUCUAGGUUGUAGUUGUAGACUUAACUUGUCACCGGUGUUGAUCUCCAAUAUGAAGGUCAGGUUACUUUGAUACCGAAUGUGAUAUUUGCUCUUUGCAAAAAAUUUGAGGUCCACAGUGAAAUCACACCAACUGUUCAGAAUUGGGGGCUGCACAGUAGCUUGGUGGUUAGCACUUUUGCCUUGCAGCUAGACAAUCCCAGGUUCGCAUCCUGGCCUUCCCGAGAUCUUUCUGCAUGGAGUUUGCAUGUUCUUCUUUGGUUACUCCGGCUUCCUCUCACUGUCCAAAACAUGCUGAUGGUGAUUCUAAAUUGUCGGUAGGUGUGAAAGUGAGUGUGAUUGUUUGUCUCUAUAUGUAGCUCUGUGAUAGACUGGUGACCUGUCCAGUGUGUCCCCCUCCUUUGCCCUUCGUCAGCUGGGAUAGACUCCAGCCUCCCUGCGCGACCCUAAUGAGGAUUAAGCGUUGUAUAGAUGAUGGAUGGAUUUUCAGAAUUGGACUUCCAGAGAGUGCUGCAAACAUGGCAGGAGCACUAGGAGUGGUGUUUCACUGCACAAGUUAAAGGGAAUUGGGCCAUAUUUAAAUCAGAUAGGAUUUUUGCUCGUAAAUGAAUGAUCUCUACCAACUUUUUGCAAGUUGGUAAGGUAAUAAUUGCAAGCUCAUUACCUUACCUUGCUACGUUAUCCAUAAUCAUAUGUUACCAUCUGUAAUAUCCCUUUCUCAGUUUGAAUCCUUUGUUUGUACUUGUCUAAUGUCAUCAGUUGUGGCCUAAGAACUGUUCUAUUUCAGUCCAAAUGACUGUGUUCCUACUCUGGCUUUUUCAUCGAAGACACUUUGGAAGCUGAUUUGUUGAGAACUGCUAAGUACCUUUCUGUUUUUUCUGUACUUAUCCAGUCAUCUCAACUGUUAGCAGCUCAGACUCUGAGAUAAACAACCAACAAUGAGUUUUCCUUUUGCCAAGGACUACAGUCUUAUCCCACCAUGGCUCUGGCAUAUCUGUAGCGUUUUUAUAUAGAACAUAAUAUCUUUUGGAAGAAUUUUGGUUGCAGAAGUAAAUAAAUGAUUAAAAUAUU